AUAUGUUCACCGGCCGGUGACAGAACGUGUUUAUCAACCUUGUUUCCAUACUAAAUGUAAAACUAUAUUCUAAAUCGUACCCAACUAGAGACAUUUUAUUCGAGAUAGCCGUGGAAAACAAACGUGCCUCAAGAAAAUGAAGUCCUUUAUUGAGUACUCGGCGAACAGCGAUUUUCCGAUUGAGAAUCUGCCCUAUGGUGUGUUCACAUCGUCUAAAAAUGCUCAAAAACACAUAGGUGUCGCGAUUGGAGACUGGAUCUUGGACUUGAAUGUGAUCUCACACUUAUUCAACGGACCACUUUUGAAAGACAAACAACAUGCUUUUAAGGAGGAGAAACUCAACUCUUUUAUGGGAUUGACUAAACCCCAUUGGAUCGAAGCACGAAACACGAUACGAAACCUUUUGGAUGCAAACAACACAAAAUUGAAAAACGAUAAUGAAUUGAGACAGCGUGCCUUCGUAAAACAGAGCGAUGCCACCAUGCAUGUUCCCGCUGAAAUCGGUGAUUACACGGACUUCUACUCAUCUAUUCAUCAUGCCACCAACGUUGGCAUCAUGUUUCGAAGCAAAGAGAAUGCACUCACGCCAAAUUGGAAACACUUGCCCAUUGGCUAUCAUGGACGUUCAAGCUCCAUCGUCAUAUCAGGAACACCCAUCACUAGACCUAUGGGACAAACCUUGCCUGUUGAGGGAGCCGAUCCACACUUCGGGCCAUGUCGUCUGAUGGACUUUGAGCUGGAGAUGGGCUGCUUUGUCGGCGGACCACCGACAGCUCUCGGAGAACGAGUCACCGCUAAACACGCUGAAGACCGCAUUUUUGGUUUCGUCCUGAUGAACGACUGGAGUGCUCGCGACAUCCAGAAAUGGGAAUACGUACCCCUCGGGCCAUUCACAGCUAAGAACCUUGGCACAUCUAUCUCCCCCUGGAUCGUAACUGUUGAAGCUCUGCGCCCGUACAUCACUGAGAACUACCCGCAGGACCCGAUCCCUUUCCCGUACUUGAGACACGAUGAUCCCUUCAACUUCGAUAUCAAGCUGGAGGUGGAUUUGAAAACUGACAAAUCAUCAGUCGCUACAACAAUCUGCAGAUCAAACUACAGCUUCUUGUAUUGGACAGUGAAACAGCAGCUCGCGCAGCAAACUGUCACCGGAUGUAACGUGCGCCCAGGAGAUCUGCUGGGCUCGGGUACUAUAAGUGGAGAUACAUCAGAUUCCUAUGGCAGCAUGCUGGAACUCAGCUGGAAAGGCACCAAGCCCAUCCGUCUUCAGAAUGGUGAGGAACGCAAGUUCCUACAAGAUGGCGACACUGUCGUUUUACGCGGCUACUGUGUGAACGAGCGGGGCACUCGCAUCGGCUUCGGCUGUUGCGAAGGAAAACUGCUACCAGCUUUGCCGUUCAAAGAAUAAUUAUAAAAUCGCAUCGCAAUGUGUGUUGUUUGUUUUAUCCACUGCCAUAUUAUCGUGUGUAAGCACAAACCAAGGUUAGAUAAAUAUUACUGUUUUAAAAUAUAAUUGUUGAUAUAAA